ACCCGUGUGCUGGUUCCGAACUCGUGGCCACAACCGCUGCUGCUCUCCGCUCUGCUUCCCCGACGACGGAGACCGGCGGCGUCGAUCUUUGAAUCGCUGUUUUUUGGCUUCCCACACCUGCGCUUCUUCCUUUAGCUAGGGACGUGAUUUUAGCGGAGAACUCGAGCAGGCGAGUAAAGUUUAGAUUUUUUUAGGCGCACGCGCGAGGAGGGGGCCAAAGAGGGGGGAAAUGGAACCCAAGUGGCGGAGCGCUCAUUUUCUGACGGCGGUUGUGGUUUCUCUGGCGGCUUUCGUGGUGGUCUCCGCGGAGCGUCGACUGCGGUCGGAGGGGGCGGUGGCCGAGGCUGUUAAAACGGAAGAGGUCGGGUUGUCCGAUUACGUGCUCAGGGUGGUCGACUUCCUGUGGCAGCCCGAUGAGUCUUCCUACCAGCACGUCUGGCCGCCUAUGAAAUUUGGGUGGCAAAUCGUUGUCGGAACCAUCAUCGGGUUCUUGGGCUCAGCAUUUGGGAGCGUCGGAGGCAUCGGUGGUGGUGGAAUAUAUGUUCCCAUGCUCACUCUCAUCAUUGGAUUCGACGCCAAAUCUUCCACUGCCAUAUCAAAAUGUAUGAUCAUGGGUGCAGCCGGAUCAACAGUUUGGUACAACCUUAAGCUCAGGCAUCCCACUCUAGACAUGCCGAUCAUCGACUACGAUUUGGCUUUGCUUUUCCAACCAAUGCUCAUGCUGGGGAUUAGUAUUGGAGUCUCUUUCAAUGUCAUCUUUGCAGAUUGGAUGGUCACUGUCCUUCUAAUUAUCCUCUUCAUAGGCACGUCAACCAAGGCUUUUCUGAAGGGGGUCGAGACAUGGAAGACAGAGACAAUUGUGAAGAGGGAGGCAAAAAAGCGUAUAGAGUCCAAUGGGAGUGAAGAAACAGAAUACAAAGCUCUCCCUUCUGCUCCUGGGAAUUCAAAUACAGAAGAGGAGAAGGUGCUUCGAGGAGAGGCUCCACUGUUGGAAAAUGUUUGCUGGAAGGAGCUUGGUCUUCUUUGCUUCGUAUGGGUAGCUUUCCUCAUCCUGCAAAUUUUGAAGCAAAAUUAUACGUCAACAUGUUCUCUUUGGUAUUGGAUUCUGAACUUUCUUCAGGUUCCUGUAUCACUGGGAGUUGCAGGAUACGAGGCUAUUAGCUUAUACAAGGGAAAGAGAGUAAUAUCAUCAAAGGGGGAUGAAGAAAUAGGUUUUACAGUUUUGCAGCUCGUUUCCUACUGCUUGAUUGGUGUUCUUGCUGGAGUAGUUGGAGGCCUUCUUGGCCUCGGAGGAGGCUUCAUCUUGGGCCCUGUAUUCUUGGAACUUGGCAUUCCUCCCCAGGUCUCAAGCGCCACCGCAACUUUUGCAAUGACAUUUUCUUCUUCCAUGUCCGUCGUGGAGUACUACCUUUUGAAUCGGUUCCCAGUCCCGUAUGCAUUGUACUUGGUGGCGGUCGCACUGGUUGCGGCAAUCAUCGGCCAACACAUAGUGAGGAAGAUCAUUGAAAUACUGGGGAGAGCUUCUCUCAUUAUCUUCAUUCUCUCCUUCACAAUCUUCGUCAGCGCUGUUUCUCUCGGUGGGGUGGGCAUUUCCAACAUGAUUUACAAAAUUGAGCAUCACGAGUACAUGGGCUUUGAAGAUCUCUGCAAAUAUGAAGUGUAGAUGAGGAACGAAGACAUUAAGUUGGUAGCUCUGCCAUGAUUCAGUCCAUGCAAUUAUGAUGCCUAUUGUAAAACCUCUGUAUCUUUAAGGGAAUACUUAAAUGCAAACUAGUAGAGCAGGAUUUAUUA